AUGUCUCGAAGAUAUGAUAGCCGUACAACAAUAUUCUCACCCGAAGGACGCCUUUAUCAAGUGGAGUAUGCAAUGGAAGCUAUUGGAAAUGCUGGCACUGCAAUAGGAAUCUUGUCAAAAGAUGGAGUUGUUCUGGUUGGCGAGAAGAAGGUGACAUCCAAGCUGCUUCAAACCUCAACUUCGACUGAGAAAAUGUACAAGAUCGAUGAUCAUGUUGCAUGUGCUGUUGCCGGGAUUAUGUUCGACGCCAACAUCCUAAUCAAUACCGCUAGGAUCCAAGCACAACGUUACUCAUUUGGGUACCAAGAGCCUAUGCCCGUUGAGCAGUUGGUUCAAUCUCUCUGUGAUACUAAGCAGGGUUACACACAAUUCAAUUCUAAAACAGGACUAGCGUUGUGCCAUUGGUGCCAACAAUCAGGCAGCACAGUCAAUUCUAAAAUAGGACUACAAGGAUGA